UUAGAUGAUACGGUGCUAUCAAAUCGUGUAUACAAACUGUAUAAAUUGGUACAAAUUAAAAUUUUUGUACGAAUUAUUUACUGUGGCACAGAGCAUCUUGGUUUUUAUUUAUAUAGAGCUAUUAAUAGAGCUGUAGUUGACCUGUAAUAAAAAAAAUGUUCAGCAAAAAUCAGUUCAUCGCUAUCAUCUUCGUGGUGUUUUCCUCGAAUAUUUCGAACGGUGCAAAUAUUCUGUAUUUGAAUGGUAUCUCUUCUCCCAGUCAUCAUUUUUGGAAUAGUGCUCUGGUCAAUGCAUUAGCAGCCCGUGGACACAACGUAACGUUCGUAACGGCAGAUACCGAAAAAAAUCCACAGAAAAACGUUCACUAUUUGGUUAUGAGUGAACUGUACAACGAAGCAUAUGAUGAUGUUGUGCAAGGCUUUUUCAAUUUUGUAGAAAUUGCAACGCCGAUUACGGAACCCAAUUUUUUUACCGAGUACAGCUUGACCAUGUGUCGCGACAUCGUAAAAAGCGCCGCCUUCCGGAGAUUACUAGAAUAUUCGAAUGACUUCAAAUUUGAUUUGAUUAUAAAUGACAUGACGCUGGGCGGUUGCUUGCUUGGAUUUGCGCAUAAAUUCCAAUAUCCACCCAUAAUAUCGGUCACUGCCUUCAGCCAUCCGCCAUAUUUGACUGAAUACAUCGGUGGCCAUCAUUACUAUGCAUACAUUCCACACUAUGCCCUUCCUUAUCACGGCGAUCUGAAUUUCGUGCAGAAGGCUUACAAUUUCUUCAUACACAUCUUGUCGUAUUACAACUGGAGAUACGAUUACAUUCCGAAGGUUGAUAAGAUCAUGAAAGAAGCAUAUGGUUCUGAUUUACCAUCGGCAAGUGAGUUGGAGCAACGUACAGCGCUUGCGUUUGUGAGUACAACACCGGUUUUCGACACAACACAACCGCUGCCCGAAAAUGUUAUACAAGUGGCUGGUUUACAUGUUAAAGAUCCAAAGCCGCUGCCAAAGGAUCUCGAAGAAAUCAUUGCAUCCGGCAAGAAGGGGUCGGUAUUUUUCUCACUUGGGUCGAACGUUCCAUCGAGUGCAAUGAGUCUGGAAAAAAAGAAAAUUUUUCUGGAUGCUUUCGCACAAUUCCCAGACUUCAACUUCCUCUGGAAAUAUGAAAAGCCAAUCGUCGAUUUCAAACUACCGGAAAAUGUUUUCAUUCGGUCAUGGCUUCCACAAUCGGACAUUCUGAAUCACACGAAAAUUAGAGCAUUUAUUACACACUCAGGUUCGCUGAGUACAUUCGAAUCGAUUUGGAGAGGUGUUCCAAUGGUUGGCGUUCCCUUUGCAUUUGAUCAGCAUGGGAAUAUUUUAAAAUCCAUUGAGAAAGGUGUUGCCGAGCAGGUCGACUUCGGAACUCUAUCAACCGAAAUGGUUGUCGACACCCUGCGAAAAGUGCUUGAAAAUUCAAAAUACUACGUUAAUGCGAAGCAACUGGCAACACGGUUAAAGGAUCAGAAGGAGAAGCCACUCGAAAGGGCCGUUUGGUGGGCGGAAUGGUUAAUUCGAAAUCCGAACUGCGACUACCUAAAGUCUCCAGUUUUGCGGCUCGGAUUCAUUGCCGGAAAUUCGUACGACAUAAUUGCUGUCAUUUCAAUUGCGCUAUUCAUCAUUGCAUGGAACAUCACCAAGUUUGGUUUGUAUCUGCUCAAAGUGCUCGUCGGUUCGUCAAAGCCUAAGACACUGUGGGAAGAUAUUAGAAUAAACUAGUUUCUUGAAUCCACAAGAAGGAAUAAUUUUAUUUAUGAAAAGCACUUGGUUUUAUACGGUAAUGUUUACAUGCAAAAUAAGACAAUAGAUAUCCAAAGUCCAAUUGUCAGCUGAUAAUGACAUGCAGUGUUGCUAAACUUUAACUAAACUUAAUACGCAUGAUGAGUGCGUCCGAUGUGAGAUGUAGUGCUGCCACAGGAUUCCCCCUUUUAAAGAAGCGUUGAGGAGAAGAAAAGAAAAAACUUUGUGUUUAUCUGUGCUGAAUUGAAAAAUUUAUUGAAAAUUUUUCAUUUGAAGCAGACAAUUUGUAGCGAGAAAGGCUAGAAUUUAUUUGUUUUCUUCGUUCUCUUCUUCAGAGCUGGAUGAUGAACUUGAUGAACUUUCUUCGUCGUUUUUAUCCUCCGGUGCGUUCCAAUCGUCUGGUUUUUGUGCUUUGCUCGGUGACUCGGGCCCAGAAUCGGAUGAUGAGAAAGAGGGUCCUCUUUUCGAAGAGCGUUCCAACGGGAAACGGGAUUCCACUUUGGAUGUGGCUGCAUUGACUAUUUCCAUAGCGGUUGACUUUUCAGGCGCUUUUUGAUCCGAUGUGCUUGGCGUCGGUUUUGGCGGUGAAAACGUAUGUUGAGCCGGAGCUUCCAAUGCUGGUGCGAUGAUCGGUACGGUCGGUUGAUGCGGAUGUGAUGUUGGUGUUACCUGAAUUGUUGCCAGGUUACGCAUGGACUGCUGCUGUGUCAUGUGAUCGACAAAAUCGCAAGGUGGUAGGCAAUUCACUGAGGCUCGACCAAAUUGUCGGUGAAACCAGCAAAAUCGACCGGGUUGGGCUGACGGUCUUGUCGGGCGCUUGAUUGGAAUGGCUGCUUGACGAACGGCGACCGAUGCUUGCCUAACCGAAACACGUGUUCUCUGCACUGAACGUUGAACGACUGAUUGGCGAUUUUUUUGCUGACGAUUGCCUGGGAUGCGACGUUUGACUAGCCGAAAAUGAUGGAUUGGCUGAGAAAGGCUGACCUGGUACAGAUGAUUGACCGGAACUGCGUUGCGUUUGAGUCGGAUUGGUAGACUGAAUUGGAUUAUUGCGCAUGCCGCGCAAAAAUUGUUGAUUUUCCAUGGCGAUUAUACGGAUUUCACGGAUUGCCAACUCUUGAUUCCUUAAAAUUUGCUGUAAUGCGUUGAGCCACUCCGGGUUUUCGGUAAGUUUCUUAUUUGGUGCCAUGACUUGGUUGCAAGUGAAAAGCACGAUGACUUGUAGGAUUUUUUGAAUAAAAAUUUUGCUGAAGUAGUGUGUAGUGUGUUACUCGUACCACAGACUUUUGUAGAAAGGAUGAGAUGAGAGAAUUUCAGUAGGAUGAAUGCGAUUUGCUGUAAAAUUUUAUGUUUAUAGCAGUUGAUGUGUUUAAUGAUUUUUAGCGAAACGUACUUUCUUUUUAAGUGGUUUUUUCACCGAAACACAUUCAUUGAAAUCAAAUGAAGGUUUUAAACGGUCAACUGAAAUUACCUUAUUAAUUUUUCCAAUUUUGAUUGUGAAAAACUUCUCAUUUCGUGAAAUUACUUCGAAUGGGCCGGUAUAGGUCGGCUGGAGCGCUUUUUUAACCCCGUCCGACCGGACAAAAACGU